GCAUCUCUCCGGACUCCUCCCAGGCACCAUAUACACGCCGUAGCUACUAAUGGUGAAGAUGAUGAUGAAAGAAGAUGACACACUAACACGAACAGGGUCGCCACCGUGGGGGUCCUUCGGGAGGAAGGGCGGGAUAUAUAUAUAUAUAUAUAUAUAUUGAAUGAAUACAUAAAAGGGAGAUUUUUUCCCCACCGCUUUUUGUGAGAGGAGAAGUAAGAGGAGCCAGUCACCAAAGUUGAAGACCUUUGAAGAGAGCGUCUUCGCGCGCCUAAAAAAAGUAACAUUUAGCAUGCAGUUCGCUUAUUUCAGGUUCGCGUCGUGAGGUGGAGACGAAGGCGAGGCGGCCGGAGGAGGCGGAGCCACAGCGGCGGCGGCCGAGCUGAGGGGCGGCUGACUCGGAGGCGGAGCGAGGGCGGGAAAGAGGCUGGCUGUGCCUGGCAGGCGAGGCGAGUCGGCUGCCGCUGCCGCUGCCGCUGCCGCUGCCGCCGCUGCUGCUGGGUCCGGCGCCUUCUCCCGCGCGCUCUCUCUCCAGCCUCGCUCGAAGGCACCUCCGCGUGCCUCCAGCCUUCGCCCGGCAUGGCAGCCCCGCGCCCCUCGCUGCUUCGCCGCCGCCGCCUCCUUCUCUUCCUGCCCGCCGCUUGCCCGGCUCCUUCGGCGGCGGCUUCGUCUUCUGCUGCUGCGGCUGCUGCUGCCGCUUCACCGUCGCCUCCGCCGUUGCUGCCGCUGCUGCUCCUCCUGGCCAGCGGGCCGGGCUCCGCGGCGGCGGCGGCGCGAGGAGAGCCGGGCGGCGGCGGCGGCGGGAGUAGCAGCAGCAGGAGCCGCAGCAGCAGCCCCGGCGGCGGCGGGAGCAGCAGCAGCAGCAGCAGCAGCCCGUGCCGGGAGAAGACGGUGACGGUGUCGACCCUGCCGGUGCUGCGGGAGAGCGACAUCGCCUGGAGCGGCGGCGGCGGCGGCGGCGGCCACCCGGUUGGCGGCGGCUCCUCAGCAGCGGCUUCCCCUUCUUUGUCGUCGUCGUCCUCCUCGGCAUCCUCGCCGUCGUCCGCCGCUGCCCCGGGCUCGGUGCCCCCCGUGGACUCGCGCCUGCUGCUCUUCGUGCGGAGCGAACUGCCCGGGCGCGUCGCGGUGCAGGACGACUUGGACAACACCGAGCUGCCCUUCUUCACGCUCGAGAUGUCGGGAACGGUGUCUGAUAUUUCCUUGGUGCACUGGAAGCAGCAGUGGCUGGAAAAUGGCACCCUCUAUUUCCAUGUUUCUAUGAGCAAUGCCGAGCAGCUCUCUCGGGCCACACCACCAACCCUGCAGGAGCCUUCAGAGAUUGUGGAGGAGCAGAUGCACAUUCUUCACAUCUCCGUCAUGGGCGGUCUGAUUGCUCUCCUCUUGCUGCUGCUGGUGUUCACCGUAGCCUUGUACGCCCAGCGCCGUUGGUACAAGCAACGCAGGAUCCCGCAAAAGAGUGCCAGCACAGAGGCCACCCACGAGAUCCAUUACAUCCCUUCGGUGCUGCUGGGCCCGCAGGGAAGGGAGAGCUUCCGGAACUCACGCUUACAGGCCCACACCUCGGUCAUUGGCAUGCCCAUCCGCGAGACCCCCAUCCUGGAUGACUACGACUGUGAGGAAGAGGAGAAUCCCCUGCGUCCUGAGCACGCGUGCAGGGAGGACGAGUUUGGGAGCCAGAUGAUGCGGCCUCUUGACAGUCUGGGCAGGAGCGGGGAGAAGCCUGACUAUGACAAGAAAGCUGCAGAAGUGACACAAGAAACAGUGGAGUCCCUUAUGCAGAAGUUCAAGGAGAGUUUUCGGACCAACACGCCCAUCGAGAUAGGCCAUCUCCAGCCAGCGCUACGCAGCUCAUCAGUUGGGAGGCGAAAACGCAGGAACCGGUCCAGAGGUGGGAUUGGGUUUGGCCGUGCCAAAGGCAACUCUGGCUCUGAAGCAGACGAUGAAACUCAGUUGACCUUCUAUACCGAGCAAUACAGGAGCAGGCGACGUAGCAAAGGUUCCCUGAAGAGUCCUGUGAACAAGACAGCGCUUACAUUAAUUGCUGUGAGCUCCUGCAUCCUGGCUAUGGUGUGUGGCACCCAGCUGUCCUGUCCGCUGACAGUCAAGGUGACGCUCCAUGUUCCCGAGCACUUCAUUGCUGAUGGGAGCAGUUUUGUUGUAAGUGAGGGAAGUUAUUUGGACAUAUCUGACUGGCUGAAUCCAGCAAAGCUCUCCCUUUAUUAUCAAAUCAAUGCCACAUCUCCUUGGGUGAGGGAUCUCUGCGGACAGAGGACUACAGAUGCAUGCGAACAGCUGUGUGAUGAAGAGACUGGUGAAUGCAGCUGUCGCGAGGGCUAUGCCCCUGACCCCGUACACCGGCACUUGUGUGUGCGCAAUGACUGGGGGCACAGUGAAGGGCCUUGGCCAUAUACAACACUUGAAAGAGGCUAUGACUUGGUUACUGGAGAGCAAGCACCUGAGAAAAUACUUAGCCUGGGCCAGGGCCUCUGGCUUCCUGUCAGCAAGAGUUUUGUGGUUCCUCCUGUGGAGCUUUCGAUAAACCCACUGGCCAGCUGCAAAACGGAUGUCCUGGUGACAGAAGAUCCAGCCGAUGUCAGGGAAGAAGCGAUGCUGUCGACCUAUUUCGAAACCAUCAAUGACCUUCUCUCCUCCUUCGGGCCAGUCCGAGACUGCUCACGCAACAACGGGGGCUGCACUCGCAACUUCAAGUGUGUGUCAGACCGCAAGGUGGAUUCGACAGGCUGUGUGUGCCCUGAGGACUUGAGACCUAUGAAGGAUGGCACUGGCUGCUACGACUACUCCAAGGGGAUUGAUUGCUCAGACGGCUUCAAUGGUGGUUGUGAACAGUUGUGUCUCCAGCAGACCCUCCCUCUCCCAUUGGACCCUCUGUCCAGCACCAUCCACAUGUUCUGCGGCUGUGUCGAGGAAUAUAAGCUGGCACCAGAUGGCAAAUCAUGCCUCAUGUUGUCAGACAUCUGUGAAGGCCCCAAGUGCCUCAAGCCAGAUGUGAAGUUCAACGACACCCUCUUUGGGGAGAUGCUGCAUGGCUACAACAAUAGGACCCAACAUGUCAACCAAGGACAGGUCUUCCAGAUGACCUUCAGGGAGAAUAACUUCAUCAAGGACUUUCCCCAGUUGGCCGAUGCAUUGAUGGUGAUCCCCUUACCUGUUGAGGAGCAAUGUCGUGGUGUGCUCUCUGAGCCUCUUCCAAACCUCCAGCUGCUCACAGGUGAUAUCCGGUAUGAUGAAGCCAUGGGCUACCCCAUGGUGCAGCACUGGAGGGUCCAAAGCAACCUGUACAGAGUAAAGCUGAGCACUGUUGCCCUCUCAGCAGGGUUUUCUAAUGUCCUGAAGAUCCUGAACAAGGCCAGCAGCCGUGAAGAACUCCUCUACUUCAUCCAGCAAUAUGGCUCCCACUACAUAGCAGAGGCACUGUAUGGGUCUGAGUUGAGCUGCACCAUCCACUUCCCCAGCAAAAAGGUUCAGCAGCAACUCUGGUUCCAGUAUCAGAAAGAAACGACUGAAAUAGGUAACAAGAAGGAGCUGAAGUCCAUGCCGUUCAUCACCUACCUCUCGGGCCUGCUGUCUGCUCAGAUGCUGUCAGACGACCAGCUGAUAUCAGGUGUGGAGAUCCACUGUGAAGAAAAGGGGCGCUGCCCCUCGACUUGCCACUUGUGUCGGCGCCCAGGCAAAGAGCAGCUGAGUCCUAUGCCUGUCCUCCUGGAAAUCAACCGUGUGGUCCCUCUGUACACGCUGAUCCAGGACAAUGAGACGCGGGAGGCCUUCAAAGGGGUCCUCAUGAGCUCAUACUGGUGCUCGGGGAAAGGAGAUGUGAUUGAGGACUGGUGUCGAUGUGACCUGAACGCCUUUGACGAAAAUGGACUCCCCAACUGUAGUCCUCUCCCCCAGCCUGUUUUGCGACUUUCUCCCAACGUGGAGCCUUCUAGCACUGUGGUGUCCUUGGAGUGGCUGGAUGUCCAGCCGGCCAUCGGAACAAAAGUCUCGGACUACAUCCUCCAUCACAAGAAGGUUGAUGAGUACACAGACACUGAUCUGUACACAGGAGAGUCCUUGAGCUUUGCUGACGAUUUAGUCUCUGGUCUUGGAACAGCCUGUGUGGCUGCUGGGAGGAGCCAUGGCGAUGUCCCUGACACCACCCUCUACUCCGUCAUUUUCAAGUGUCUGGAGCCUGAUGGAUUGUACAAAUUCACCCUCUGUGCUGUGGACACUCGAGGGAGACAUUCCGAGCUGAGCACCAUCACCAUGAGGACAGCUUGCCCAUUGGUGGAUGACAGCAAGGCAGAGGAGAUAGCAGACAAGAUCUACAACUUGUACAAUGGCUACACCAGUGGGAAGGAGCAACAGACAGCCUACAACACCCUCAUGGAGGUCUCUGCUUCCAUGCUGUUCCGCGUCCAGCAUCACUACAACUCCCACUACGAGAAAUUUGGGGACUUUGUCUGGCGCAGUGAGGAUGAACUCGGCCCCAGAAAAGCUCACCUCAUCCUGAGGAGGCUGGAGAAGGUCAGCAGCCACUGUUCAACCUUGCUGCGCAGCUCCUACAUCCAGAGUCGCACCGACACCAUGCCCUACCUGUUCUGCCGCAGCGAGGAGGUCAGGCCGCCCGGCAUGGUGUGGUACAGCAUCCUGAAAGACACCAAAAUCACAUGCGAAGAGAAAAUGGUCUCUAUGCUGCGCAACAUGUACGGCGAGUCGAAGGGGCGAUGAGAGCCAGUGCCGGCCACGUGGAUAUGGCAGCCCAGAUAGCCAUGCGGCAUGGGACUCUCUACCGGGGCGCAGCCUCACGGCAUCCUGCAGUUUAAGGCAAAGGAGAGCAACAAAACCACACAGGACUCCAUGGACAGUAGCAAAUUGACAGAUCAGCAAGAUUUCUUGUUUGUUUGUUUCCUUUUUUAAUUAUUAUUUUUAAAAAAGGAAGUGCAUAAUUUUGCUCAGUUUUUUUUUUUAAAUGGUGUCUCUCCUUUUUUAAAUCUCUUUUUUUGUCCUUACUAAAUCCCUAGACUACAUGCUCAAAAGGCGAGAGGAAGAGACGGAGAAAGAAGAUUUUUUAAAAAUCAAGACAAGUUGGGGAGGGGGCACAAUAGUGAUGGGUAUUGAUAGCCGCAGUGGUCCUCGGGGCAGAGCUAUUGACCCCGACGGAGCCCUUGCCCUGAAGGACCUGUGUGCCGGACCACGUGAGCUUAAUAAGCAAGGAGCCAAAUAACCUACAAAGAGGCAUCACUCUGGAAGUAAGAGAUCAAACGAUUAACACCAGGCAGGUGCAGAAGGACUUUGCUAGCGACCCUUGAAAAAAAUGAUAAAUGCAAAGACAAAAUGCUCCGAGUUUAUAGAACUUGCUGCUUGUGCAGCCAUCCUUAGCAGGGUCCUGACAGGUUGUUCUGUGCAUUAAAACAUUCAUAUUUACUUCGACCUCCUCUGCCUGGCUGGCAUUUCUUCAGUCUGCAGCACUUUUCUGUCGUUAAAGUGCACACACUUCCUUAGCGAUCCUUUGGUUGAUCAUGAAGUUUUUUAAAAAAACAUCAUUAUUUGGGAACAGCUCGAUCCUAGUGAUAAGCAGAUCAUGGAAACUUUCAGAAAUGUGGGCAAAGUGGGUGUUUGAGAGAGAAG